AAACAGGCCUUUCACAGUGAGAGCAGAGGACAGCUUUGUGAGACACAAAUGUUAGAAUUGUUCACAAGUGCUAAUCAAAAUGGACACAGCAACUAAUUCUCCUCGGUUUUGAGGAGACGUGAAUUGGACGAACAGUAGUCAACCUGCAUCACAAAAUCUCGACAAAGGCCUGCGGAUCACCCAAAUAAGCUUUGCAGAUGUGGAGGAGAUUGCAGGCGACUCGUCAGGGAGUGGGUCGCUGUUAUUGUUGCCCUACCUCACCUUCCCCCAUCCUCGAGAUCAGUCGGUGUACACAACUGUAUACAUCAUUUUAACGUAAUAUGGCAAAUGAAUCUCUUGAGAAUGACAAAGCAACGGCUGCAACCGGAAACUCGAGAAUUGCAAACCUCACAUCAUCUAUGGAUCUCAGCACAUCGUUAGAUUUAAGUGUUCAAACUAGAAUAUUUAAGAUUAUAGUAAUCGGGGAUUCAAAUGUCGGCAAGACCUGUCUCACAUUCCGCUUCACCGGGGGAAGCUUUCCUGAGAAGACAGAAGCGACGAUCGGUGUGGAUUUCAGGGAGAAAGCCGUCGAGAUAGAAGGCGAAAAAAUUAAGGUACAAGUGUGGGACACGGCAGGUCAGGAGCGCUUCAGAAAGAGCAUGGUGGAACACUACUACCGCAACGUCCACGCCGUGGUCUUUGUUUACGACGUCACCAAGAUGGCCUCCUUCCAGAACCUAAAGACCUGGAUCCAGGAGUGCAACGGGCAUCGGGUCUCAUCGGCUGUGCCACGCGUCUUAGUGGGCAACAAAUGCGAUCUGACGGAGCAGAUCCAGGUGCCCUCCAACACAGCCCUCAAGUUUGCAGAUGCCCACGGAAUGCUGCUGUUUGAGACGUCGGCAAAAGACCCCAAGGAAAGCCAGAAUGUGGACUCUAUCUUUAUGUGUCUGGCAUGCCGCCUGAAGGCCCAGAAGUCCUUGCUCUAUAGGGAUGUGGAGAGGGAGGACGGCAGGGUGAGGCUCUCGCAGGACACACAAGUGAAAAACAACUGCCCCUGUUGAGGAGGAGGGUGUGUGUGUAUGUGCCGGGGGGGGGGGGG